CACGCCUCUGUCUCCUUUUCUUCCGCCAUUUUACUGCUUCCGGACCAAAUAUCGACUAAACAGAGAUUUUGUGUGCAGUUUGUGACAGAAUUGUACAGAUUGAAGUGUUCCUAGGACAAUAUUGCCUUUCAAGGUGUGUGUGUGUGUGAGCAGCCUGCACGGAGUGACUAGAGCUCGGCAGCAACAUGUCGGUGAUCAUCCGGCUCCAGGGUCUGCCCUGGUCGGCCAGUGCCAUGAACAUCCGGCACUUUUUCUCCGGCCUCAACAUCCCGGCCGGAGGCGUGCACAUCAUCGGUGGGGAGGGCGGCGACGCCUUCAUCGCCUUUGCCUCGGAUGACGAUGCGCGCAUGGCCAUGAAGAUGAACCUGUGUCCGCUUAACGGCGUGCCCGUGCAGCUGUUCCUCAGCAGCAAGUCGGAGAUGCAGAGCGUCAUCGACGCCGCCCGCUCGGGCUCCAUGCCCGCCCCAGCCCCGCCGGCCGCCACGACGACAACAGCUGCUGGGGCACCACCAACUGCCGUCCCUGCCCCCAGCCUGUCGCAGACACAGCCGCACAGGUCACAGUACGGGAACCUCCCCAGCGGCGGCUUCCCCUCGCCAAUGGACAGUCAACAGCAAAGUGGUGGUGGUGGAGGAGGGGGUAGCGGUGCUGGAGGGGGCAGCCAUGCAGGGGACGGGAGUUCCAUGGCAGCCCAUCAAGGCAGCGGCACGGGCAUGCAGAACCAGUGGCAGGGUUUCUAUGGCGGAGGGCGAACUGGGAGUGAGUCGAUGGGCGGACAGUUUCCGGACGAUCAGCGCAUGCGAGGUGGUGGGCUCAACCAAAGAGAGAGAGCUCCUGGUGGCGGUGGUGGUGGUGGUGACAGUAUGGGCCAGUUUGGGAAUGGCUCUCAGUCCGGUGUGAACCAAUUCCGAGAUGGGACUCCGAUGUCGGCUCAAGGCAUGAUGGGAUCUGGGGGAGCCAUGGGCAUGGACUCUGGGAUGGGCCAGGGCAGGAACCAGAACAUGAUGUCACAAGGGAUGAACAACCCCAAGCAAGGAUUUGUCAGUGACAGGAUGAUGCAGAACAGGCCUAAUAUGGGCAUGGGACAACUGGAGAACAGACCAAAUAUGGGCAUGGGCCAAAUGGAGAACAGACCUAAUAUGGGCAUGGGCCAAAUGGAGAACAGACCAAAUAUGGCCAUGGGUCAAAUGGAGAACAGACCAAAUAUGGGUAUGGGCCAACUGGAGAAUAGACCAAAUAUGGGCAUGGGCCAGCCAGAGGAGAUGAGAGACAUGCAGGGAAUGAGCAGAGGCAUGGGCUCUGUGCCCGACCACAUGGGCAUGGGAGGCAAGCGAGAGGGUUUUGGCAUGGCAGACAGAGGGCGGAGUGGCCCCGCUGAUGACGUUAGGCCAGGGGGUAUGAUGGGCCAGAUGAACCUUCCUGGCAACCGCGGUUCAUACGGCGAGAGAAUGAACCCUAUGGCAGGGGAUCCCCAAAUGUCGGAGGGAAUGAACAUGAAUUUUCCUGAAAACAGAAUGCGCAAUCAAAUGAGGGAAGAAAAGGCUACAAUUGGGGGGAGCAGAGUGGAGGACAUGGGGCUGGGAGAAAAACUUCCUGCUGGUGAAAACCGAAUGAUGGGUGGAGGGAUGAUAGGAGAUCCAGCCAUGGGAGGGGCUGAUCUGAUGCGGCCGCAGGACAGGGGUGGUCGUGACCAGUGGCAAGGUGGUAGAUCCGACGCGAGGUACCCCGACAACAAAAUGUUUGACAGAGGGCCCAGAGACGAGGACCCUGUGGCGAUGGGCAGGGACCACAGAGGAUUUGACCAGUUCUCACGAGCUCCCAUGAGAACCGAACCAAGUUCUGUCCGGCCGGUGCAGGGUCCAGGUACUAGCCCCAUGAUCGGUAGAGAGGAGAAAGACGUGCCGUUUUUACCGGGGAGAGACGUGAGACCGGAUGAGAAAUUUCCUGAUUUGGCCUCUGCGCCAGUGACAAGCAAAAGGACUCGGCCCAGUCGGUUCUCUGACCGUGUGGAAGACGUGCCCCCUAAAGCCACGGAGGACGCCGUGCCCAGCACCCGCUACCCACCGGAGGAUGACACUGACAUGGAUCUGGAGACCAAGACGCCAACCCCAGGGCUGGGAGCUCCGGCAAUGUUCCCAAGUGGCCGGCAAGCCGGGAUGGACAAUAAAGACUUGCCCUCAGAGGGAAGGCCACCUGCUCCGCAUGAUCAGAUGCGAGGCGAUGAGUUCCGCAGAAUGCCGGGCAUGGACAGAGGCUGGUACCCGCCCAAUGACGACCGAGGCUUUACCUCACAGAACAGAGGCUUUGGUCCUGACGACCGAAUGUCACGAGAUGACCGCCCCCCGCGAGAUGACAGAAGAGACUUCAUGGACAGCAGGGACCCUGGCAGAGAUAACGACUUCCCCGCCGGUGACGGAAGAUACCCCCGGGAAGGGAGGAGAUUUCCUCCAGACGACAGGUUUGCAAUGGAUGACCGCUCAAGACCUGGAAACUUCAUGGACCGUCGACCAGGGGACAGUGGUUUCCCACCGGACAACAGGUACGGAGACAGAGGGGACGACAUGAGGCCGCCUGGAAGAUUUGACCGAGGCAACUUUGACGGGGACAGAGACGGACGCGGAGAUUUCCGGUCGGGUUUCCGCCCAGGCCGCGACGACCCCCGCGAUGGGCCAGGCUUUCCCCCGGACAGAGGAUUCCCACCGGACAGAAGACCAUUUAGAGGUGACAUGGAAGAGCAGGACUCGCGUCGGGGUCCCGACAUGCCUCCUGGGGGUCGGGAGGACGGACCUCCUCACUGGGACCGCUUUCGAAACGCCCCAGGAGACGGAGACAUGCACAAGUUCCCUCCCCCUCGUGGAGGUAUGGGCGCAGGCAACAUGCCGGGCGGCAUGGAUGAGCCCAACAAAGCGGGUGACAUGUCUGGGGAGGGACCCAUGGACAUGGACCAGAGGAUGGACGCUAGAGGUCCGCGCCGACCUCCGCCUCCGGCUGACGACGGCUUGUUCGACUACGGCCCCGGGCCAGGCCGAGGCAGGCCACCCCACGACUACCCCGAGCACAUGGACUUUGACAAUCGCUUCCCAGGAAGGGGAGGUCACCCAAUGGACCGUGGACCUCCGCGAGGCCGCGGGGAGCCAUAUCCUAUGAGGGGUCGUGGUGGCCCGCCAUUUGGGCGAGGUGGGCGGGGCAUGGAUGUAGACCGAAGGUUCGAUGAGCCGGGGAUGGAGGACAGGUUUCCAGACCGGGACAUCCGCGGGCCAGGCGGGCCGGAUAGGCCAGGGCCUCCUAUGAUGGGCGACCAACGAGGCAUGCGCGGCAACAUGAACGCUGGGCCUGGCCCCGGCCCCAGCAAGGGCUUACUGGGAGAUGCCCCUGAGCCCGUGCCUGAGGGGAGAGGUCCAGAGGGCAAGGGAGGGUACCCCGAGGCCAGCAGACGGGAGAUGGACAUCCGCUCCUCCCGCCGCUCCGACUCGGACCGCGACCACUUCAGGGACAUGGACCGGCGCGACCGGGACCGGGACCGCGACCGGGAGUACAGGUCCAGCGAACGCAGGUCUAGGGACAAGUACGACAGAGACAGAGACAGGAGGAGGUCAAGGUCGCGGGAUAGGAGCAGAGACAGAGACAGGAGGAGUCGGCGGGACAUGUCCUCGUGGGACCGGGGCUCAGACGGGUCGCGGCGAGAUUCGCCUCGGCGCUCCGAGGUCAGGAGUAGAAGUGUGUUUGUGAAAAACAUGCCGACCACCAUCAGCUACAAGGAUGUCAGGAGAUUCUUUCAGUUGCUGGAAAUUCCUUACGAUGGCCUCAAAGUGAUCAAUGAUGAGCAAGGUCGGAGAGUUGGCGAGGCUUUUGUUCGCUUCACUCGAUCAGAGGAUGCGAUGCGAGCUGUGAGGAGGAGUGGGGACAAAGUGGACGGCAAGAGUGUGACGGUUACUCACUGCGCAGAAGAGGAGUUUGAGAAGGCUGUAGAUUCUUUCAAACCCUACAGUAAGAGAGAUCCCGCCCCGGUGCGGGCCGAGGAACCCAGUAAAGAAAUCCCCAAAGCUAGCGCCGUGCCCAAUGAGCAGGCUGCUUACGCCGUGCAACUCAACAAUCUACCCCUGAACAUCAAGACACAGGACAUUGUGCAGUUUUUCACUGGUCUCAAGAUCGACAACAACGGUCAUGCUAUUUACAUUGAGUACGAUGACAGUGGACUGGCCACUGGCAAAGCUGUUGUGGAGUUCAAAUCCGACAUUGACUACAAGAAGGCUCUGACUCACGACGCUAACAAAAUUGGGACGGUGACGAUCAGGGUGGCCCCAGGGAAACUGGAGGAUGCCGGAGAGCUGAAGGCCAAGCAGGGCGAGAUGACGCAGAGAGCCAACCUCAGGGCCAAGGGCGGGUUCGCUGCCGUCCGCGCCAUGAACUCUCCCGGACCGCAAGGUCCACAAGGCCCGCAAGGUCCACAAGGCCCGCAAGGUCCGCCACCUCCUAGGCCCUCAUUUCCAGGCCCACCACGACCCAAUCAGAUGUCUCCGUCCCAGCCUCUACACCCACCCAAUCCUGGCUUAAGGAUGCCCACACCACCAGCAGCAUCCAACGGCAGCAGCGAGAGUCCCAGCACGCAGCCACCUACCUUAGACACGGUGUGUGUGCACAUACAAGGUCUGCCCCUACUGGCCACGCCCCAAGACAUCCGAGAAUUCUUCUCUGACAGCCAGAUAGCCUUGAGGGGAAUCAACAUCGCUCACGACGGGCGGGGAAAGCCACUAGGGGAAGGUUUCGUGGAGUUCAGGUUCCGGAAUGACUUUGAGAAAGCGGUGAAGAAAGACAAGACGUCCAUGGGUCGGCACAUCGUGGCGGUCAAGCCCAUCGGGAAAAAAGACAUGCUGAGCCGACUGGAGAAUGCACGUCAGCAGGGGAUUGUGCAGCAGCCGCCCAGAGGGCCAGCCCCAGAACCACAGCGGGCACCGCCACUGGUGUCCGGAGGUAGCCAGCCAGCCAGCGAGCAGAACCAGCCGGCGCCUGAGCAGAAACCCGCCGCUGGGCCAAAGGGGAUGGUGAGCAAAGGUUCCGGGCCCGCGGCCCCCACACCCGUGACUGCGCCUAAGUCUGGGGACACCCCGGGACCUCCCACUGGGGGCACUCAGGACUCGCAGACACCCAAACCUCUCAUGGGUCUACUGGGGCCUCAGCAACUGCAGCCUCAACAGCAGCAACAGCAGCAGCCCCCGGCCCAACAGCAGCAGCAGCAGCCCCCAGCACAAGGUCCCGGAGUCCCCGUGCUGCAGGGUGGCGGCAAUAAGAGCAUCCUCCCGCCCGGCGUGCUCAACAAGAACUUGUUCUAUGUGCGCUGCCAGAACUUCCCGCCAGACAUCUCCAUCGCCGAGAUCAUGCACUUCUUCCAGGGAUUCCGGCCGCUCGGAGACUCCAUCCGUCUGCACUACUCGAGCGAGGGCAAGCCCACGGGCAACGCCGUGGUCGGGUUCGGCUCCAGCCAGGAGGCUCAGGUGGCACUGCAGAGACUCAACAUGAGGGCGUGUCGACAGAAUCUGGUCUCCCUGCACCCCGCCUAGAUCACGGGCAGCUGGCGGUCCGUGUGUGUGUACAGAACGAGAAGAUUCUAUCCAAGUCGCGGCCUACGUUCCUGCUUGACGAACAGUCUGACGGACUGAUGGUGGAACCCCACCUGUGUGUGAGCUGACAGACUCGGGAACCUCUACCUGUGUGUGAGCUGACAGAUUAUGGAACCUCUACCUGUGUGUGAGCUGACAGACUCGGGAACCUCUACCUGUGUGUGAGCUGACAGACUCGGGAUCCUCUACCUGUGUGUGAGCUGACAGACUAGGGAACCUCCCUCUACCUGUGUGUGAGCUGACAGACUCAGGAACCUCUACCUGUGUGUGAGCUGACAGACUCGGGAACCUCUACCUGUGUGUGAGCUGACAGACUCGGGAACCUCUACCUGUGUGUGAGCUGACAGACUCGGGAACCUCCCUCUACCUGUGUGUGAGCUGACAGACUCGGGAACCUCUACCUGUGUGUGAGCUGACAGACUAGGGAACCUCUACCUGUGUGUGAGCUGAGAGAUAGUGGAAUCCCUGUGAGAACCUGACCAGGCCUGGAUCAGGCUCUGUGUGUGUUUAUACUGUACAGUUUUCUAGUUCUAGAUCAGUCCUACUCCUAUCUUACAUCGUUGCAUGGGGUGGGGGGGGGAGGGGGGAGACACAUUGUGUAAAGAUUGUUGUGUUGUAACAAUUGUAACCUGCACAAUUUUUUUGGGGGGGGGUUGUGACCUGCACAAUUUUCCCAAGCAAACAUGUGGCCACUCCUCUAGAGGGUAUUUUUGUUUUUUUACUACUUUUGAAUACAACUGUAUUAUAUGAUUCGGCAAAAUAGCACCAUAGGAUUUCCUGCGCGUUUCAUUUUAUGCAUCGUUGAUUAAAAAUAGAGGUAGGAGGAUUAUUUUUCGUGUGUACGUUUUGGAAGUUGAAUCUGAAGAUUUCUUGUAAAUAGUUUGCUUGUGUAUCUGCAAGGGAGAGUGCUUGAAAAAAUGCUUUACAACAGCGUGCUCGCUGAGACUGUGUGUUAUCUGUGUGCUUGCUGUGACUGUGUGCUUGCUGAGUAUGUAUUAUCUGGGUGCUCGUUGAGACUGUGUGUCAUCUGUGUGCUCGCUGAGACUGUGUGCUCGCUGAGUGUGUCAUUUGUGUGCUCACUGAGACUGUGUGCUCGCUGAGUGUGUGCUAUCUGUGUGCUCGCUGAGACUGUGUCAUCUGUGUGCUCGCUGAGACUGUGUGUUAUCUGUGUGCUCGCUGUGAUGCCUGAUUACCAGUCUGUGUAGGAAAGGAAACAACGCAAUUUCCUCGUGAUGGCUCUUUUCAACACAAACUCUCAGUUAUUUUUUCAUGAUAAUUGAAUGCAAGGCAUUGUACCGGCAUCUUCUGCCUAUGUGUGUGUGUUCACAUGUCUGUUUGUUCAUGUGUCAUUGCCAGCAAUUAUGUUUAAUCAAACAUUGUGACUGAGAAUGAAGCCAUUAAUAUCGUUCUUUCGAACAAUAUUUUGGCUUUGACAGAGAAAAAUUGUUACAUGAUGUAAUUUCUUCAGCAUGGAGUCUAAUUGAUCUAGUCCUCGUGUUCUAGUUUCUGUCAUGUUUUGACCAGCCUGGCUAUUCUGUGCUGGUUGAUGUGGAUUGUGAUGACAGUGGUCAUGGUUUAGAGUCUCCAUUUUGUGUCUGCCUCCUGUGUCAUGCUGUCACAUCAAAUCCAAAUGUUGCAGCGGUGUACAGAUGGGGGAGUGUGGAGGAACAGGGGACUGCUGGAAAUGAUAAUUAAAAAUACGGAGUGUAUACAGACCCGGUAACCAAGUCACGAAGUGUACAGACCCAGUAGGGGAACUCUUUUGUGAUUUCGGAAAGUUUCAGCGCCCAGACCAGGUAGUG